AGAACUAUGUCAAAUCUUUUCGAUUUUUCAACUUAAACCCAAUCUAGAAUUUCAACUCCGAGUUCGAAAAUGGCUGAAAAGCCACCUCCAAAACCAGUUUCACCUCAAGACUGGGAAUCCUUAGUGGAAGACUUCCGACACGGCGGUGCUCGUCGAGAGAAAUGGAGUUGCCUUUACCCAUCUCUCGUUGAACUCGCACUUUCUUCCACUCUCAGAAAGGAAUUCCCUUUCAAAAUCCCACUCGUGAUUUUCCUCGACGAAUUUUCCCAUCUUUUGUUCCCCUCGAAUUCCCUCUCUUCCCUUUUGGACCGUCUCGUUGAAGCCCUUCGGACCAUCGUUCAAUCCCCGAUUGAUGGCGUCCACAUAUCCUACGCUUUGAAAGAACAAAUGAUGGUUUCGACGACUUCGAUAUUGAUUUCGACGAAUUCCAUCGAAACCGUCGAGCUUCGUUGUACGGAAGCCAUGGUCGAGCUUUUACUGGCGGUUAUCAACCGCCCGAACCAUGGAUUGGACCGCCACGCACGCGCCAUUUCAUGUGAGUGUUUACGUGAACUGGAAAAAGCUUACCCUUGUUUACUUUCCGAAAUUGCUGGCCAUAUAUGGAGUUUAUGCCAAAGCGAGCGAACUCACGCGUCGCAGAGUUACAUUUUGUUGCUUACAACAGUACUUUAUAGUCUUGUGAGUCGAAAGUUGAGUAUUUCUAUUUUGAAUACCUCUGUUCCUCUAAUCCCAUUUAAAUUUCCGCAAUGGAUUUUAGGACCAGAAAAGGAAGGGUCAGGGGUUGGAUUUGGGUUGAAUUAUAAGGAAUUGAGAAGAGCCAUGGCGUUUCUAUUGGAAUGGCCGCGGGUUUUAACUCCUUGUGGGAUGAUGGUUUUUCUGCGAAUGGUAAUGCCGCUAGCAGUAUCUUUGGAUUUGCAGCCAUCUAUGCUGAAAAUUCAGUUUUUCGGUUUGAUUAACUCCUUUCAUCCUGUAUUAUGUCAUGUUGUUUUGAUUAUGUAUUCGCGGUUUUCGGAGGCGUUUAAUGAGAAGGAGAAAGAGAUUAUGAGAAGGCUUUUGUUUGUUUCAUUGGAAAUGCAUCAGCAUUUGGUGUUUCGCUUGCUUUCAGUGCAUUGGUUGAUGGGUUUUCUGAAUAGAUUUAUGGUGAAUGGAGAUAUGGAGAAGAAGAAGUCAAUUAUAAAGAUGGGUUUCAUGUUUUAUCCUCAUUUGUUUGAUCCACUUUCAUUGAAAGCAAUAAAGCUUGAUUUUCUUGCUUUUUGUUCCAUUUUUAUUGAUGCAUUGAACGCUCAAAGUGGUUCAGAUAUGGUUGUUGGGGAUGGGAAGUCAGUGGUGAAGCUAUUUCAAAAUGGUCUUAUAUCUGUUUCAGCUUUCAAAUGGUUGCCUCAUUGGAGCACAGAGACUGCAGUGGCAUUCCGCACGUUACAUAAGUUAUUGAUAGGCGCAUCAUCUCAUUCUGAAGCCGAUCCUUCCACAACUAAUGAACUUAUGGAAUCUACCUUCUACAGUCAUUUAAAGGGGAUGCUGAUUGAUAUGAUACUAGAGUUUCAGAGAUUGGUCCCAGUCAUUGUUGCCUUUGUUGACCGUUUGUUAGGCUGCGACAAGCAUCAUUGGUUGGGAGAGCGCCUGCUCCAAACAAUGGAUGAAAAUCUUCAUCCAAGAGUCGUAAUUGAUUAUAGAAUAGUCUCAUACUUCCUACUAUUUAACAGAUUUGCUGAAAAUCAAACAAUACCUCCUCGUAAAUUGUUAGAGCUGCUAAGUUCGUUCAUGGCUUUCCUUGUUGAGAAACAUGGCUCGGAUACUUGUGGGAAGAAGUCUUGGUCUCAUGGUACUAAGGUUCUUGACAUUUGUAGAACCAUGUUGACUCACCAUCAGAGCUCUAGAUUAUUCCUUGGAAUAUCUCGUCUCCUUGCGUUCACCUGUCUUUACUUCCCUGAUUUGGAGGUUCGUGACCAUGCAAGGUAUGCUGAAGGGAAGGCACUGUUUUUCCUUUACACUUUUCCGUUCAUCUUAACAUCAGCAGCGGUUUCUUGUCAACCUAGCAAGAAGAACAUAGUCAAUAAGGAAUAUUUGGAAGAGAUUGAUUAUUUUAUGUCAUUUUACAGGAGCUACUUGAGGAUGAUGAUUUGCGUGCCUGGAGUAAAGCUUAGAGGCAUGCUGAACCUUGGAGAGCAGCUCCUUGGUAUUUCCUCCUCAUCUCAAUCCGAAUCAUUCUUCAGCAUGCAAUCUCCCCGAAAAUAUCAGGAUCCCAAGAAAUCUGGGAAUAUCUCAUCGUAUAUCCAUCUGGAGCGGAUGAUACCGCUACUUGUCAAACAGUCUUGGUCUUUGUCUUUAUUACCUUUUGGGGUUGGGAACAAAUCGAAAAGUUUUGGUGGCAUCAGGGAUAGUGAAGCCUCAAUAGAUGAAAGAGAGCUUGAUUCCAAUAUUCAAUUUCAGAUUACAUUAGGAGAUGAGAGAGUGGAUAAACCAUGGGUUCCUCUAUAUGUUAUGGAUUCCAAAGUCUCAGAGAUUUUGGAGAUAUUAAGGAGACAUUUCUCAUGCAUUCCUGAUUUUAGACAUAUGGCAGGGGUUAAGAUUAAACUUCCAUGCUAUUUGAGAUUUGAUUCCGAGACUUUCAAUCAUGUAUGGGGAGGUGAGUCCCCAAAAAGUAGGUUAAAUGGAGUAGAAGCUCUUCCGGCCUUAUGUGCAACAGUGUUGAAAUUUUCAUCACCAGCUCCAUAUGAGUCUUUUCGAACUUGUCAUAUACCUUUUCUUCUUGGUCAACCUCCGGUGAGUGAUUAUGUUCAUGGUGAAACUGCUUCACUAGACACCAAUGCUACAUAUGAUGGUUUUGGUGAAGAAGAAAUAUAUAAAGCUCUCGUGGCAAUUGAAUUUGAACCACGUGAGCCAACACCUGGUCUGGUUGAUGUUUUCAUUGAAACAAAUGCGGAAGAUGGUCAGAUCAUCUCUGGCAAGCUGCAGAGUAUCAGUGUGGGCAUAGAAGACUUAUUUCUCAAGGCUAUUCCUCCACCUGACAUCCCAGAGGAUUCGUUACCUGAUUAUUACUUGGACUUGUUCAAUGCUUUGUGGGAUGCAUGCAGCUCUACUUCCAACACUGGGAGGGAGGCUUUCCUCCUAAAGGGAGGCAAGGGCGCAGCAGCAAUAAACGGAACCAGAUCCGUGAAGCUGCUUGAUAUUCCUGCAGACUCUGUAGUUCAUGCUACUGAGCAUUAUCUGUCCCCAUUUGUAGUAGGCGUGACUGGUGAGCAUCUCGUCGACAUGGUUAAGUACAGAGGAAUUAUCAGGGACAUUGUCUGGAAAGAUGAGGCAUUUGGUCUUUUACUUGAUUCCAAUGCCUCUGGUUCUGAACUAAACAGAAUGCCCCUCCAGCUUACAUUCACCGAAAAUGAAGAUGAGAACGAAAGUCAGUUAGGUAUCAGCAAAAGAAGUAUGGGUUGCAUUGAUGUAUUGAUCUUCCUUCCCCCUAUGUUCCACAUCCUCCUCCAAAUACAAGUAAGUGAUGUUUCAACUUUAGUUCAGAUCAGAACUGAUCACUGGCCCUGCUUAGCUUACCUCGAUGAAUAUUUGGAGGCAUUAUUUCUGAUAUAGAAAGGAAAUAUGAAACCGCCACAACUGCCACCAUCCUCCCCCCCCCUCUGAACCAAAAUAAAUCAGAACGGAGGAAGACGAAUAAAAUGAUGAUUUAGUAUCCCUACAUGCUCCCAAUGGUGCUUCUAUACAUUCUUUUUACUGUGAUUCUUCCCUUGAAUCACAUUUUUGUCAGACAUUAGUCACCGAGUUCAUCAUGAUGUAAGUUACAACUCUUUGUUCGCAGCAGUUGCGGAUAUUCAUUUGAUAAGAUUGAGGAAAGUGUUUAU